GCACAGAGGAAGGAAGGACAGCAGGGCUGACCUGUCAGAGCAGCCGUGCCCAGGAGCGUUCCUGGAGCAGAAGCUCUUCUGCAUAGAGGAGGACAGAGCAGGCAGCAGGGACCAUGGAGCCCCCCCUAGCUCCUCCCUGCAGAGGGUUCGGGCCCUGGCAGGGGGUCCUGCUCACAGCCUCACUUCUCACCUCCUGGAACCUGCCCACCACGGCCCAGCUCACUGUUGAAUCCGUGCCAUCCAGUGCUGCAGAGGGGACAGAUGUCCUUCUACUCGUCCACAAUCUGACAGAGAGUCCUUUGGGCUACUACUGGAACAAAGGAGACAGGGUGGACAGCACCAAUCGAAUUCUAUCAUAUGUAGUAGCCACUGGAGCAAUUACCCCAGGGCCCACAUACAGCAAUCGAGAGACAAUAUACCCCAACGGGUCCCUGCUGCUGCAGAAUGUCACCCAGAAUGACACAGGAUACUACACCAUACAAGUCUUAUCGCAAACUCUUCAGAGUGAAGAAGCAACUGGACAGUUACGCGUGUACCCAGAGUUAUCCAGACCCUUCAUCACAAGCAACAACUCCAACCCCGUGGAGAACAAAGACUCUGUGGCAUUAACCUGUGAACCAGCGGCUCAGGACGUGAUCUACCUGUGGUGGCUAAACAACCAGAGCCUCCCAGUCAGUCCCAGACUGCAGCUGUCCCCGGACAACAGGACCCUCACGUUACUCAGUGUCACCAGGGAUGACUCAGGACUCUUUGUGUGUGAAAUACAGACCCCAGAAAGCUCUAACCGCAGUGACCCCUUCACCCUGAAUGUUCUCUAUGGCCCCGAUGCCCCCACCAUUUCUCCUCCAGGGUCAUUUUACAUUUCCGGGGUAAACCUCAGCCUCUCCUGCCACGCGGACUCGAACCCACCUGCACAAUAUUUUUGGCUUAUCAAUGGGAGUUCCCCGCAAGCCACACAAGAGCUCUUUAUCCCCGGAAUCACUGUAGAGGAUAGUGGAUCCUACACCUGCCAUGCCAAUAACUCAGCCACAGGCCUCAGUGGGACCGCAGUCAAGAAUGUCACAGUCUUGGCAGAGUUAUCCAGACCCUUCAUCACAAGCAACAACUCCAACCCCGUGGAGAACGAAAACUCUGUGGUAUUAAUCUGUGAACCAGCGGCUCAGGACGUGACCUACCUGUGGUGGCUAAACAACCAGAGCCUCCCAGUCAGUCCCAGACUGCAGCUGUCCCCGGACAACAAGACUCUUACUUUACUCAGUGUCACCAGGGAUGACUCAGGACUCUUUGUGUGUGAAAUACAGACCCCAGAGAGCUCUAACCGCAGUGACCCCUUCACCCUGAAUGUUCUCUAUGGCCCCGACGCCCCCACCAUUUCCCCUCCAGAGUCAUCUUACAGUUCAGGGGCAAACCUCAACCUCUCCUGCCACGCGGACUCGAACCCACCUGCACAGUAUUUUUGGCUUAUCAAUGGGAAUUCCCCGCAAGCCACACAACAGCUCUUUAUCCCUGGAAUCACUGCACAGGAUAGCGGGUCCUACAUCUGCCAUGCCAAUAACUCAGCCACAGGCCUCAGUGGGACCGCAGUCAAGAAUAUCACAGUCUUGGCGGAGUUACCCAGACCCUUCAUCACAAGCAACAACUCCAACCCCGUGGAGAACGAAGACUCUGUGGCAUUAACCUGUGAACCAACAGCUCAGGACGUGACCUACCUGUGGUGGCUAAACAACCAGAGCCUCCCAGUCAGUCCCAGACUGCAGCUGUCCCCGGACAACAGGACCCUCACGUUACUCAGUGUCACCAGGGAUGACUCAGGACCCUUUGUGUGUGAAAUACAGACCCCAGUGAGUGCCAGGACCAGUGACCCCUUCACCCUGAAUGUUCUCUAUGGCCCCGACGCCCCCACCAUUUCCCCUCCAAACUCGUCUUACAGUUUAGGGGCAAACCUCAACCUCUCCUGCCACGCGGACUCGAACCCACCUGCACAAUAUUCUUGGCUAUUCAAUGGGAUCCUCCAGCAAUCCACACAAGAGCUUUUUAUCCUUGGAAUCACUGCAAAGGAUAGCGGGUCCUACAUCUGCCAUGCCCAUAACCCAGCCACAGGCCUCAAUGGGACCGCAGUCAAGGAAAUCACAGUCUCGGAUGCUCCAGCGCCAGGAAGUUCUCCUGGCCUCUCAGCGGGGGCCAUUGUUGGCAUCAUGAUUGGAGUGCUGGCCGGGGUGGCUCUGAUAUAGCAGACUUGCUGCACUUCCUGUAUUUCGGAAGACUGUCAGAUCGAUGAAAUUGCCUAUUCUUCUCUGAACUUCAAAGCCCAGAAACCAACAGAACCAA